ACGUUGAAUCAGCCAUGCAUACUGGAAUUGCAAUUCUGCUCUUUGUAUUUGCAGCUUUUUUUGCUGCUUUUUGUUUAUUGGUAGUUGUCCCAGUGUACUUAGAGCUGAGAAAUUUAAAUAUCCCUUCUGGAGUUGCUAGUCCGGGGAAACUACGCAUGAUUCAUUGUGUGUAUGUGGGGAUAAGCAUUGUGGGACAAAUUCUGGGGCAAUUGGGGCUGUGCCAUCAGAUGAAUUUUAUACGAUGGAGCAGAUGCUGUAUCAUGGCCCGCAAAAAACCAGUGCCCUCCGGGCUUCGUAUUAAGGACUUGAGCUUCAGUGGAGUUCCAGUGAGGGUGUAUGAGCCUACAGCUGCCUCAAGAGAGAAAAAAAGGGGCCUGGUGUACUUUCAUGGUGGUGGAUGGAUGUUUGGCUGCAUUGAUGAUUACAAUGAAGUGUGUCAGUAUAUAUCACUGGAGAGUGACACCAUAGUUGUGUCUGUUGGUUACCGUCUGGCCCCCGAGCACAGGUACCCUGCCCACCUGGACGACUGUGAGGUCGUGACUCGCCAUUUCCUGUCAAUAGCGGCAACCGAUUUCGGGGUGGACCCACGCAGGGUGGCAGUUGGUGGGGACAGCGCAGGGGCGAACCUGGCAGCCGCUCUCUGCCAGAGGCUGUCAAAGACACAGGAUUGUCAUCUGCCAUCUCCCUGUGCCCAGGUUCUCAUCUACCCGGCACUGCAGAUGGCAGAUUUCCACCUGCCCUCAUACCAGCAGAACCACUCUGUGCCCAUAUUGUUCAGAGGCCGAGCGGUGUUCUAUUUCCUACAGUACCUCAACGGGAAUACUUCUGUGAGCCAGCAGAUUCUGGAAGGCAAGCAUGUUCCUGUCGAGCUAAAACGUCGCUAUAAGAAAUGGCUGGAUCCAGAUAAUCUUCCACCUCAGUUUAGAAAAGGAGCAAGAAGUCCGCAGGUUAUCCCAAGCCAUGAUGGUCAUGUCUAUCACAUCAUCAAACAGGGGCUGGAUCCAGAGAUCUCCCCUUUACUAGCUGAGGAUGAUGUUCUCCGCCUCGCACCGCCCACCUUUGUCUUGACCUGUGAGUUUGAUGUGCUGAGGGAUGAUGGCAUUUUGUUCUGUAAGCGACUGAAGGAUGCAGGAGUGGAAGUCACGUGGGAGCAUCUAUCUGAUGGCUUCCACGGGAUCAUCAGUUUCUUCAACCAGGGCUGGUUGACAUUUCAAUCUUCUCAAAAGGGUAUGGACAGCAUUGUAAGAUAUGUAAGGACUCUCUGACUGAGAAGUCAAAAGAUUUGUCAGAAUGACAUAGAAUAUAGCCUGUAAAGAGUUUUUUUUUUUUUCUUUUUCUUUUUUUUU